GCAAAAGCUGCACUCGGGGUUGGAAGAUGUGGGAGGGUCCUUAAACCAAUCUGGCAACCCUGGCAGUGAGAAAAGAGCAGAGCAGCGCAGAGCAGUGCAGAGCAGCCACCAGGGAAGGAACAGCCUGAAAGAUCUCCAAAGAAGCUGGACAUAAGCACGGGAUAUAGACCCACACACUCGCUUUACAUGCCCUUCGACGAAGUCUCCUUCUGCGGCUCCAGUAUUCUGGUGUUUUAAGGUUCCGUGUUUUAAAGAUCGGAAAGCACUGUGAACACAGAGAGUAAUGGAGCUGUAUUGUCUGGAAGUGGACACCGUGGUGCGAGCCCGUCCCGACCCGAACCUCCUCGGCGAUGAGAGGGUGCUUCAGAGCCUUCUGACCAUCGAGGAGAGGUUUCUGCCUCAGUGCUCCUAUUUCAAAUGCGUACAGAAAGAUAUCCAGCCUUUCAUGCGCAGGAUGGUGGCCACCUGGAUGCUGGAGGUCUGCGAGGAACAAAAGUGCGAGGAGGAAGUUUUCCCACUGGCUAUGAACUACUUGGACAGAUUUUUAGCGGUUGUACCCACCAGAAAGUGUAACCUGCAGUUGCUCGGGGCGGUCUGCAUGUUUCUGGCGUCCAAACUGAAAGAGACGCGUCCUCUAACUGCAGAAAAGCUAUGUAUCUACACUGAUAACUCCAUCCGACCGCAAGAACUCCUGGAAUGGGAAUUGGUGGUUCUUGGUAAAUUGAAGUGGAACCUGGCUGCUGUCACGCCCAACGACUUCAUUGAGCACAUCGUGAAGAGGCUGCCUCUGCCUAAGGAUAAGCUGGACCUGAUCCGCAAGCAUGUGCAGACUUUCAUCGCCCUGUGCGCAACAGAUUUCAACUUUGUCAUGUAUCCUCCAUCCAUGAUUGCCACGGGCAGCGUGGGAGCAGCAAUCUGCGGACUACAGCUCAACAACACGAACCACGCACUGUGGGGGGAUAACCUUACAGAACUGCUUGCUAAGAUCACGAACACAGAAGUCGACCUGUUGAAGGCAUGUCAGGAGCAGAUUGAGCGUGUGCUGAUGAGCAGCCUAAGGGAGGGACGCCGGCAGCAGCACAAGCAGCAGCAGCAGGACCAGAACAACCCACGCAACAAAGCCUUGGAUGACCAGGACCAGUCCAGCACCCCGACCGACGUAAGAGACAUCAACUUGUGAGCUCGCAGGAAUGGUGCCUGGAUCGAAAGGAAAAAAAAAACAACAAAAAACAAAAAUGACAAAAAAAAACAGCCCAUCAAAAAGUGCUUGCUAGUCUUUGUAGGUUUUUAUUCUAUUUUCAAAAGGAAGAAAAAGAAAUACACUUCAUAAGAAAUCAAAGAUAUUUUAGAUACAAAAUAGGUAUUUUUGAAAUGAAUUGAUACUGAUGCAAAAAUUUCUAUGGUGCCUCAGAUUAAUAGAAGGGAAGCCAAUAGUGUUUUGCAAACUAUUUUUCCAUUGUAUAAACAAAAAAAAAAAUUAUAUAUAUAUAUAUAUAUUCAGUUAUAUUCAGUUUUUUUUUCUCAGUAGAAAAAAGCUCAAGAGGCUUUUAAGAAAUAGUCAACUUUAUAAGACUGGCUUGUAAAGGUACACAAAUGGGGCUUUGUUUUUUUCCUGUUUUGUUGUGUUUCAGUUCGUGUUCACGUUCAUUUCAAACGUCUGAGCAUGAACGCACACAGGGGUGUCAUGAUGCUGGUUAGUGGAGUCCCCGUUUGGCCAUGUGGUAAAGAUGUCAAAGGCUCAAGAAUGUUAGGAGGAACAGGUUUGGUAAAAAAAAAGCCUUAGAGUAAGAAUGUGAGUGAUUUUUCUGUUUCGACAAAAAGGUCCUCUGGGUAAAAUUUGGUUAAAGACGUUUCAAUCGAUUUGCUGCCUCGUUACAUUGUGGCAUCAAUUCUAAAAUGAUUUUAAAAAAAUUGCUUGCAUCAACCAAAUUGCAAUUGAACACUUGAAAUUUCACAAUGCAAAUUUCAGAAUAGUUUGCCCAGUCAAGGGUCAUGUCAUGAGAACAGCCUAUCAUUUGUAUUAUUAUUAUUAUUAUUAUUAUUAUUAUUAUUAUUAUUAUUAUUCAAUCAGCAACUUAUUGUCUCUCGAUUCUCAAAGCAUAGAGACGUCAAUAAGCUUUUGUCAGGCUGCUUGUGUGUGUAUGCAUAUGUGUUUCUGUAUGUGGGUACAUGUAUGUAUGUGCAUGUAUGUGUAUUCGAGAGGGAGGAGUCAGUGAGACGUGUGUGUGUGCUUUGUCGUUGGCGAACUAUCAGCAAGAGUGUGACCGCACAGUCAGAGGACUAGACAGGGGACAGAGAAUAAGUCUAGAGUGCUUUUGUUUGCUUUGAUGGGUCACGGGCUACCUGUAUCACUGCCUUCUAUUCAUGCGCUUUUAUUUUCUGGCCUGGGACAAGAGGUUGAACCCAGUCCAGUGCACGGGAUUGUGAGGAGACUAGGCAGAGAGAACAGAGGGGAGGAGACAGAAGACUACCUUCUUUAAGAUGCUCUUAUGGCUAAAGGCCUUUUUUUUUUUUCUACAUAGAAGGCUGUGAUGGAGAAGGUCAUUAUGACCUCCUUCUGGAGUUAUACAUGUUUAUUUGGCUCACGGCCGUUAUGAGUUGAAGGAGCCCAGGGCUACUUGAGUGCUGAUUAAAGAGGUGCUAGAAGAGAAUUUCACGCAUGGAGUCUACAUGCAGUCGAUGAAAGUGCAGGAUGGCAUGAGAUUCGUGCGCAGAUGAGGAGCAUGAUGGUCAUUAAGCUGUGUGGGGUUAAAGAGAGACGUAUGCUGCUGCUGAGAUGGACAUACAUUGGCAUACAGGAGAGGAGGCCAAAGGAGUGGAUUAGAUGUGGUUCUAGAGAUCACGUGAUAAUUUAAGUUCUUUUAUAUAUUUGCUUGUUUGACUGUUAAGUUUGUGUAUUUCCUUUUUGUUUAAAAAAAAUUGUUUUGUUUUUGUUUUGUUUUUUUGGAUUACAGACCAGUAUCUAAACCAGUUUGAUUGACACUGCCAGCUAAUUCGUGGGGAAGGUAAUACACAGGGAAGCUUAAAUAAGAUUAGGGGAUAAUUUGUUGAUCUGUGCAUCUGUAGUUCCUCAGUUUCAACAACGAAGCACUUUGAGCACAUACUCCCCUUACGUCAGGAAAGGAGAGAAAAAAAUGGGCCAUUAUUUACAUGUGUAUCCCUUCAAAAUAAAAAAAGGGAGCUGAUUAGAUAUACAUCGUUACACCAAAACCGACAUUCCACCAGAAAUGACAAUAUUAACACUUCCAAAUGUUUGGAUUGAGGAAAAUGUAUGCCCCCCAAGGCCUCUCUCUUCUUUACUUGAAAUUUUGUUUGCUGUUGAUUGAAAUGUUAAUUGGUUUUUAUACAGCUGUAAAUGGUAAAAAAAAAAAAAAAAAUUAAUAAAACCUUGUACCAUCAGUAAGUAGCCCGCACCAGGGCGUUCGUUUAAUUUAUACAAAGUGAACUGGUGAAGCUGCUCUGUCAGAGAAAAAAAAAUGCCUUGUUUCAUAUGGUGCCUUAAUUCCUUAUUUUAGGGCGUGUUGUCCUGUGCCACUGUGCCUUGUUCAGAUUGCUGAAGUAGCCUUGAGUGUCCACUAUCUUGUCAUCUCCUACAAAAAAGUGCUGCUUCCAAAAGUUGGACUGCCAUGAGAUUUAGAGUCACAAUUCUCUGACUACGAUUAAGGCAGUGUGUGUUAACAGCACAACACGAACACUUGUGCACAAGUUGCUUAGCUUGCGUUAAGAAGAGGGGGUGGUUAGGGGCAGUUUAGCUUUGUUUUGAUGAGCAUAGUCUAUGUUUUUUCUGUGGGUGAAGGAGAGUCUACUUCAUUGUAAGAAUUUUUGUUCAUGGAUAGCAUUUUUUUCCUAGAGGCAAUUGGGUUCCAUAAUUCAGGUUCCUCCCACUCUUUCACUUAAACAGCCCAUUAUCAAGCAAUUAUAUUAUAUUAUGUCAUGUUUUAUCACUCACCCCAGCGCUCUGAAAGUUAGUAAAAGUAGUACUGUUUUUUAGAAUUUAAAAAUGGGUGGGCUUGAGCUUGGAUAUGGACCGAAAUUUGCUUCUUACGGUUUGAUACUGUAUUCCAAAGUGAAGAGGGGGGUAGAAGUGGUUGUGUAGACAUCAAUCAAGUGUCAAUAUUUUUUAUUGAGUUAUUGUUUUGUUUUGUUUUUUUCUCCGCUGCUAAAAAGCUAUGAUUUUUGUUUCAUCUUAUACACAAAAAUAACAUAGUUGUGAUGUCACAGUGUGCUGCUAUUUUAUAAACAAUUGUAUUAUAAUUAUUUUACUGCUUACAGAAUGCAGAAGUAGAUGGUAAACAGAAGAUCAAGAAAUGUAAUGAGUAUUCGACUGGAAAUGCUCUUUUGCUCUUUUUUUAAUCUUUGUUUUCCUGCUCUGUUACCUUUUCCUCUCACAGUCUUUAAGUAUGGUAUGUCUAUACCUCAGGUUUACUGGACAAAAGAAAACAAGUCUCUCAGUACCUCAAAAGUCAUCACAGUUUUCUGGGAGCCGAUGAAAGACCGCUUACAGUGGAGAUUCUGAUGGGGGGACUUUUUAAUAGUCUUCAUUUAAUGAAGCAUGAACAGCAUAAGGCUCCCACAUGGACUUCAGCCAACUAUAGUGGAUGGAGGGGGGGGAACAAAAGUCACCAAUCUUUGAAUUAUGGGUCUAAGAGCUGCGAUAAACAGAUAGCGAUACCAUUGUACAUAAAUCUUUGUAUAAAUUUGGAAUCUUAUCUUAUAUCUCCAAACACCUUAACACACAUGAAAGUCCUAGACAAGGUGGCAAAAUGUUGACGGGCUUUCACGUGUUACUGAGUUGCACUUUGCCUUGGCCUUAAUAAUGCAUAUUUUCAGGUGUGCAGAAAGUAUUUUCAUCAACUGGUGUAGGAUGAACUUUGACACGCCACCGAUAGGACAGCCCUCACCACCAUCUAACUGUCUGUCUUACAAAUUAACCAUUUGAAUGUCAACAUUUACAUAAAUUCUGUCGCCUCCCUCCACUAUGACCUUGUCAUGUACCUCAAUAAUGUCUGUUGCACAACCUCUCUCCAAUAAAUAUCUGCUUCAAUGUG